UUUUAACACAAGUGAUGAGCUGAGCUGAGCUGAGGCAACGAAGGUGUUCGUCCAUGGCGCCGCAGCUGGCCACGCUGGCGGAGGAGCCGGGGGGCGGGGAGGAGGCGGCGCGGGCGCGGCGGAAGACCGGCCUGCACGCGGCGCUCCACCGCUGGGCGCGGGCGCGCAUCCCGCUCCGGUUUCUUUCCGGUGGGGGAGGUGGCGGAGGCGUGGGCGGCGGCGGCGGAGGCGGACGCCCCUCCCCCGACCUCCGCGUGCUCCUCUCCGUCCUCGCCUGCCCGCUCUCCCCCGUCCCCGUCCUCCCGCGCCACCCGCGCAACGUGGCGUCGUCGGCGCAGUACAUCCUCGAGCAGUUCCGGGCGACGACGGGGUGCGCCAAGAUCGAGGGCGCGGCGAAGAGCAUGUACGCGGCGGGGAGGGUGCGGAUGGCCAUGGCGCCGGAGCCCGGCGGCGGCAUCGGCAUCGGCGGCGGCGGCGGAGGCGGGCACGAGGGGUGCUUCGUAGUGUGGCAGCUCGUGCCGGACAUGUGGCUCGUCGAGAUGGCCGUGGCCGGGCACGCCGUCGCCGCCGGCUGCGACGGCCGCGUCGCGUGGCGCCGCACGCCCUGGCUCGACGCCCACGCCGCGCGCGGCGGCGGCGCGAGACCUCUCCGGCGAGCCCUCCAGGGGCUGGACCCGGUGACGAUCGCGUCGGUGUUCUCGGCGGCGGAGCACGUCGGCGAGAAGGCCGUCGACGGCGAGGACUGCUUCGCGCUGCGGCUCGACGUGGCGCCGUCGGUGCUCUCCGCCUGGGGCGACGGCGCGGCGGAGGUGAUCCGGCACGGCAUGACGGGCUACUUCAGCCAGCGGAGCGGCCUCCUCGCCCGCCUCGACGACUCGCAGCUCACCCGCAUCCAGACCCCCGGCGCGCCGGCGAUGUACUGGGAGACCACCGUCUCCUCCCGCCUCGGCGACUACCGCGCCGCCGACGGCGCCGUGGUGGCGCACGCGGGCACCUCCGUCGCCCACCUCGCCCGCUUCGGCGCCGACGUCGGCGCCGCCCGCGCCGUCACGCGGAUGGAGGAGGCGUGGACCAUCGACGACGUCGCCUUCAACGUCGCCGGCCUCUGCCCGGAGUCGUUCAUCGCGCCGGAGGAGGUGAGGAGCGGCGGCGGCGGCGGCAGCAGCAGCCGCCGCUACGACGGCGGCGGCGGCGCUAUCGCCAAGAAGAAGUGACGUCACGGACAGAAUGUUUUUUUAAUUAAUUACUGUCUCCUAAUUAGUGAUUAGCUUGGGUGGUUUAAUUAAUUAUUAGUUAACCCGGUGGAUCAACCUGGAGCUUUUAAUCACCAUCAGCAGCAAGUGUGGCAUAUAAUUGCUUAGUUAGCUAGGUGAGUGUAAUUUUUUGUUUUUUCUCUGUUUUUUUUUUGUUUGUUUGUUUCUUGUACUUAUUAAGUGAGGCCCUGGGAUGCAAUCAUGCACCUUUGUUGUACAUAUGCCUGUACUACUGGAUUCACAAGAACAACCAGUAUGAGUAAGAGGGUUACACACUUGAGUCUGUAAAAUUUA